ACGGUGCUGACGGACCAGGGAGGGCGGCGGUGGAGGCUGGUGCGGCUGCUGGAACAGGGCAGCUGCGGGCUGGUGUACGAAGCGCAGUCAGCAUCUGGAACCUGUCCUCAAAAGCAAAGCUACUCCCUCAAACUUGAUGCCAGAGAUGGAAGGAUCUACAAUGAACAGAAUUUCUUCCAGCGAGCUGCAAAAGCAGGCACAGUGGAGAAGUGGAAGAAGUGGCAUUCUGUGCCACUGCUGGGCAUCCCCAACUGCGUUGGUUUUGGAUUGCAUGCAGACAGCUACAGGUUUUUGGUGUUCUCUGACUUGGGGCGAUCUCUUCAGUCAGUCCUGAGUGAUGGCCUGCACCUGCUGAGGGAGAAGGCAGCUUUUCAGAUUGCAGUUCGUGUGCUAGACUGCCUGGAGUACGUUCAUGAGAAUGAGUAUGUGCAUGGGGACAUCACUGCUGAGAACAUCUAUUUGAACCCAGCAGACCUCACACAGGUGACCCUCGCUGGCUAUGGCUUCGCAUUCCGGUACUGCCCUGGAGGGAAGCACGUCGCUCAGCGUGAGGGCAGCAGGACCCCUCAUGAGGGCAAUAUGGAGUUCAUCAGCCUGGACUGCCACAAGGGCACAGGACCAUCUCGACGGAGUGACUUGGAAUCUCUGGGCUACUGUCUUCUGAAAUGGCUCUGUGGCAUUUUGCCUUGGUCUGAUGAGCUGGACAAAGUAAAAGCUGUGGUAGAACAGAAAGAAAGGUACAGAAAGAAUGUGAGAUGCCUUCUCCAGCUGUGCUUCAGGCAGAGAUCCAUUCCAGCUGCCCUGGAGAGCUACCUGGAGCAGGUGAUGGCACUGGAGUACGAGGAGAAGCCUGACUAUGCAGCCCUGCGGCAGCUCUUUGGGAAGCCCCUGGAAAAGAUGAAAGCUUCAGCUUAUGACUCCGUGGAUGUCCGAGUGGUGCCCUGAGAUCAAGGAUGAGUUCAGAGCUUUCUGCAGUGAGGCCUUUGCCAGAUGUAUUUUCACUUUUACCAGUUUUAGAAUGAGAGAGGUUUUUAUAAAGAUUUUUCCUAUGUUAAUGUGACCCAGUGCUGAAGUCUGAGCUGCUGCUGUACCAAGUUAAUGUGAAGACAUUCCUGCAUGGCAGAUCAGGGGAAGCAGUAGCUGGAGAACUGCAGUGGAGCCACCGUGAGCCAGGAAACUAAAUCAGGGAUUUUAUUUUCUCUUUUGAAAAAGAGUGGCAGUAUAUGGUUUUGUAAUAAACUUUGUGGACAAGUA